AUGUGUUUGUUGAAGGAUUAUGGAGUAAGUAAUCCGAAUGAUUUUAACUGCGUCAGACCAAGCUUGAAAACAUCAUCACGCAGGUUGUUGGACAUGUCUGUCAUUUUCUCAGAAAAUUUUUCCUUCACUUCAGGUUACUGUAAGUGUUGUCAAGUUAAAAUUUACGUGUUUGCUCAUUUUGAGAAAAGGUCGUAUGUUUUUGAAGUUUUCUUUCGGAGGUACCAUCUUCUUGUAGUAUACCCCACUUUAUGCAGCAUGCCAUUUUGGACUAAUCGAAAUUGGAGCCCACUUCAUGUUGCAGUUUAUAUGAAACACAAGGAUGUGAUUGAGCUGUUGAUUGCAAAUCAUGCUGACCUGAAUUACAGAGAGAAGUUCAAUCGAACGCCCCUGGAUCUUGCAAAGCAAGUAAAUGCUUCGGAAGAAAUUAUUCAAUUAUUGAACGGAUCAGCUCAAUGA